UUACGUUUUUCAUCACUAUCUUAUACUUUUACCUGUAAGACAACUACGUAAAUAAUAACCUUUCACCAAACGCAUUAGGUCGCAUGAGCAGUGAAGACUACAAAUGGGUAAACACAUUUCGCUUUUAUUACUGUAUACCUCACUACCGUCAGCGAACUUUAAUGUCGUAAAAAUGCAACAUGGCGACUGCAAUGACAGGACGUGGCAUGGCUUUUGUUAGGAGUAUAUCUGGGGUGUUGAGCUCGAGGUUGCAGGUUUUGGGUGGCGGUCCGCUGCAGCUCUCAUGUCUCCACACCAGCACUUCACUGGACUCAAAGGACUGGGAGAGGAGGAACCGGAAGGUGUUUCCACCCCAGCUACCGGAGGACGUCCGCAGACCAGCAGAGAUCCAUCACAGCAGGAGGCAGAUUAAGUACAGCAAAGACAAGAUGUGGUAUCUGGCUAAAAUGAUCCGAGGGAUGAGCGUUGACCAAGCCAUCGCACAGCUGGCGUUCAAUGACAAGAAAGGGGCGAAGAUCAUGAAAGAGGUUCUCGAGGAAGCUCAGGAGAUGGCGGUCAAAAAUCACAACGUAGAGUACAGAUCCAACCUGUAUGUAGCCGAGUCCUACUCCGGCAAAGGGAAGUACCUGAAGCGCAUCCGUUACCACGGCCGCGGGAUGUUUGGCAUCAUGGACAAAGUCUACUGCCACUACUUUGUCAAGCUGGUGGAGGGCUCGCCGCCCAAAACGGAGGAGAAGACGAGCUUCGACCAGGCCAAGGAGUACGUCCAGAACCUGAAGAACCGAACCAUCAUCCACAGUCUCUAGUGUGUGUGUGUGUGUGUUUGUGUGUGUGUGUUUGUGCGUAGUGUGUGUGUGUACACAUUUGUAAAUAAA